UUCGACGCUCCUGGCAAAUUCGCCCUGGGCUAAAGCAAUAAAUGAUUUGCAUUGUGUCCAGUUUGCGCUACAAUGCUGAGGCGCAUGCGACGCGAGCUCGCAAGCCAAAGCGCUCCACCCCCGAUCGUCCCAGUUAUUUCUUCCAGGCUUCGACCCCAUGACGCCUUUACGAGAAGUUUCGACAGUGGAGACUCUGUAUUGCAAAGUUACUCCCGGGACUUGCGCCGCGGCUCAGUGGAGGGCCAUCAGCUAACUCGUCCCGCCGAGCUAACAGGCUGGUCUUUCAGUCCGCGCGCACGCGUUUCUUUCUCUUCGCGGUGGUCCCUACUCAAAGCCGGAGCCUCGCUUCCUCAGUUUUCCUGGUCAUCGCCACUCCUUGUGCGCGUCCCAGCGGGUGCACCGUUGCCGCUGCGACUAAAAGGGGCCGGAAGCGCCACACACCGCCGCCACAGGUCAGCAGGCAGCAGGCAGCCAGGCAUGGCCGUAAUGGCAGCGGCACGCUCGGGCGUGCGGGCCCGAGCCGCCAGCUCCAACCCUCCACCCACUUCAUCCACAUCCUCCUCCACCUCCGCCGCCGCGUCCUCCUCCCUGCGCCCGUCCAUCUACUCAACCAGCGCAGCCGCCACCGGCAUCGGCCUCAUGCGGGCGUCUCACACGCGGCCGGGCUUUCCCUCCUCCCCUUCCCCAACCUCCUCCUCAUCAUCCGUGCCCUUUCUGCUCACCCCCAGCCGUGGCGGCAGCGGCUCGCCGCCACGCGCACGUGGCGGCCCCAGCAGCGUGGCUGUAGCAGCCAGCGGUGGCAGUAGCAGCGGCGCUGCUACUGCCACCGGCAGUGGCAACAGCAACAGCCGCCGCGGCAGCGUCGCCACUGCCGCCAGCAGUGGCGCCGCCGCCGCCUACAACAGCCAGGCUCUGGGCAUGUCGUCGGCGGGUGCCGCCGCCAGGCGGCGGUUUGCCGCCAACCGCCGCAACGGUAACGGUGGCAGCGGCGGUAACUCCAACAACCCGCUCGUACUGCUGUACGACAGGGCGGCCGCGGCGGUUGGCGACCUGUCCAACGCAACCUCCAAUGUGCUGCCGUCACUCUUCGACAUGGUGGACACGCUGGAGUUCGAGCUGACGGAGCUGGCGGGGCAGCUGGCCACCUCGCUGGCCAGCUCGGGACUCAUGGACGCAAUGGGGCUGCUGGACGGCAGCAGCACGGGCGGCAUGGAGAACGAGCUGGGUGACCUGCUGGGUCAGCUGGCGGAUGCGGUGGUGGCGGCCAGCGAGGGAGACUACAGCAAGCUGCUCCUACUGGCCUACGUCACCAUCGCCGUGGGCUGGAACGCCUCCCGCCCGCCCCCCUCGCCCUACCUCACCGGCAACUACGGCCCCGUUCACGACACGCUGCGUGCCGGCAACCUCCCCAUCCUCAACUACCCCGCCGCCUCUUUCACCUCCGCCGCCGGGGUGGGCAGCAGCGCCGGCAGUAGCACUACUGCUUAUGGUGCUGCUACUGCCAAUGGGGUGCUGCCGGAGGGCUUGCCAGAUGGCUACUACGUCCGCGCCGGACCCAACCCCUACCACAAGCCCGCGGCCGGGUACCACUGGUUCGAUGGCGACGGCAUGCUGCACGGCGUGCGCCUGCGCCGCGGGUCCGCCGCCUACGCCAACGCCUGGGUGGACACGGAGCGGCUCAAGCAGGAGCGGGCGCUGGGGCACCCCAUGCUGUUCCGCAUCGGUGACAUGGUCGGCGUCAAGGGCAUCGCGCUCAUGCUGCUGGGCCUCUUUGCUGAGCGCGUGGGCACAGUGCACCUGGACAAGGGCACCGGCACCGCCAACACCGCCGUGGCCUUCCACGCCGGCCGGCUGUUGGCGCUGCACGACGACGACCUGCCGUACGCGGUGCGAGUUGCGGACGACGGCGGCAUUGAGACCACUGGCCGGCUCGAGUACAAGGCAGCGGGCGGCGCGCAGGCGCAGUCGCUGCCGAACCUGGUGUCGCACCCCAAGGUCGAUCCCGUCAACGGCGACCUGCUGUUUGUGAGCAACCAGUUCCAGACCAAGCCCUACACGCACGCGGGUGUUAUCGAUAAGCAUGGCCAGCUGUCUAAGCUGUGGCCGCUGGAGCUCGACUAUCCCGUCGUCAUGCACGAUAUGGCCGCGACGCAGAAGUACAUCAUCGUGAUGCACCUGCCGCUGUGCGUGGACCCCAAGCGCAUGGUCCAGGAGGACGCCUCGCCCGUGUCCCUCCGCCGCGACCUGCCCAACCGCAUCGGCCUGCUGCGCCGCAACGCGCCCAACCACCAGCCCAACCACCAGCCCAACCACCAGCCCAACCGCCACAACCGCCACCAGCAGCAGCAGGAGGAGGAGGAGGAGGAGGAGGAGCCGGUGGUGCGGUGGUUCGAGGUGCCGGGUCCGGGCUUCGGUGUGUUCCACGUGGUCAACGCCUGGGAUGAGGGCGAGCACACCGUCAAGCUGUACGCCUGCCAGCAGGACAACGCCACCAUGGACCUGGCCGCCAUGGACUGCGCGCGCGACACCUCCCACCUGACGGAGUACGUGUUCGACACGCGCACCGGCGCCGCCGCCGCCCGCCGCAUGAGCGCCGUCAGCGCCGACUUCCCAGUGGUGGCGCCGGAGCGGGUGACGCUGCCCAGCCGCUACAGCUGGAUGGCCAUGUUGGCGACUGAGGGCACCCUGACGGCGGUGACGGGCAUUGCCAAGAUGGACCUGUCGGUGCCUGAGGGCGGCGAGGCGUGUGUGGCCGCCAUACGCUUCCCACCCGGCUGGAGUGGCGGAGAGGCGGUGUUCGUGCAGCGGCAGCGGAAGCAGGGGCAGAGAAAGGAGGAGGAGGUGGGGGACAAGGCGAGCCUCGAGGCCGAGGCGGCGGUGGUGGCGGCAACAGCGGCGGCGGCGGCGGCAGCUGGCCAGGAGCACGUGAGCGGCGGCGCCGCCGCCGCCGGCGCUGUCCUGUCUGGUGGCGGCGCCGCCGCCGUCAUUGACGACCCGGUGGGAGAUGACGGCUUCCUGCUGGUGUACGUGUACAGCAGUACGGAGGACACGUCGUACCUGCACGUGUACGACGCCCGUACGAUGGCGCCGCAGCCGCUGGCGGCGGUACGGCUGCCGCGCCGCGUGCCGUACGGCUUCCACGGCGCCUGGGUAACGGAGGAGCAGCUGCAGGCACAGAUGCCGGCGACGGCGGCGGUUGGCGAUAACGGUAACGGUGGCAACGGUGACGGUAACGGUCAUGAGGCCGUGGAGGGCGAGGAGGUGAAGGGCGGCUCGGGUGAGGGUGCGGCGGAGGAGGAGGCGGAGGCGGCUGUGAUGGAGGCACUGGCUGCGGUGAGCGUCAAGCGGUAGGGAACUAGGUGGAGACUCGUGGCAAUGUACCGCGGGCCUUGCGCAAUGGAUAGAAGCAUGUGCCAGCAGGGCCGAAAAGUAAGCUAGUAGCGUGAACGUCUGUGUUCUCUGAGUCCCUUUUUUAAAACGUUUCUUAUUUCAAGGAAAUUCGCGCCGCCAUACGAAUGAAGGGAAACGCCCAUGCAUGCCGGUCGCCGGCUGGCGCUGUGAAGAGAUGGGGGAGAGAUGGAUGAAUUGCUGCUUCGCUGCUGCAUGCAUGGUGGGGUGUUGCAAGGCGUGUGAGCUGAACAAACACCUGUGAAUUCCUGAACACGUGCACGCAUCAAUCCAUCCGAACAUCUACGUGAUCCAGCUUAAGUAAGAACCCCCAUGCAUGCAAUCAAGAUGCAAAAACUCCAUCAUGAACUCGGCCCUGAGAAUUACGAGUUCUUGCCUUCCGUUUGCCAUCUAUUCUUUAUGUGUGUGGUGGGGGGGGGGCUGUGCAGAUGCCCUCAGCCUCCAGGUGUGCUUAUGCAGGGAAGGGAUUGCGAAGGCGGCAUGUGGCGGUGAUGGCCCGGGUGGCGGCGAGAGUGCCGUGAGAAGUGUUGUCCCGCUUAUGCUAGGUACAGAAGCCUGAUCUCUUUCAGACUGUGGCGCAUACAUGUUUUUGGUUGGGGUUGCAUUAACGCUGUUGCACACGGCCUUCAUUGUGACACAGGCAUGAUAAGAGCAGGGUUUUGAGUGAGGGUUAUAAGCAUAGUCGAAGAAUGCAAGGAAGGGAGGCUGCGCGCAGUUUCCUGCUGGUGUCGUCUAAUCCUUUGCUUGGACUGGCGGGGGAGGGCAGUGUCAGGGCUGGGGUUGCCAGCAGGGGGGCACGGUGCGCCGCGCCGCCGGCGGCUUCACUAGUAACUACCUGCCAUGGCGGUCGUGGUAAAGGGACUUUUUUGGCGUUGCAAUUGCUUUCUUUCUGGGAUGUGUGAUUUUAUUGAGACUCCUGUAAGGGCUACAUAUAGCGCUUUUAGUAUCACGGGUGGGUGUGCGGCACGCACAAGGUGCCACGGGUAAGAGAUGCGGCUGAGGCGGAGGUGGACUGCUGAUGUGGGAGUGGCGCGAAGUAGCUACUACGUACACUACAUAGUCGCUGAGCAAACCCACCCCUGGUGGUGCUAGCGCUGGUGCUGGUGCUUGAGGCCGCGUUGCCGCGAGCGGGCGGGCCCGCGGGCAGGGGAGGCGGGCAAUGGGGCGGCCGUGUCAAGGGCUGGCAGCCUGGGCUGCUGCCCCCAAAAGUACCGGUACCCAUGCGGUGGCGUCAGAGCGGCCUCGGGUCGUGUGAGAUCGCAAUCUCAACGAGGUCGGCAGUUGCCGUCUUACUUGCAUUCCUCCGCGACCGCGACAAAUCAGGAAGCACCUGUAAAACGCAUUGCUU